AACACCCACCACCGUCGCUCUCUCCCACCAUGCCUGCCACCGCCGAGUUUGCCAGCCGCCCCCAGGGCGAGAUCCUCUGCCUCUUCGAUGUCGACGGCACCCUUUCGCCUGCCCGUCGCACCGCCUCGCCCGCCAUGCUCGAGGUCCUCAAGCAGGUCCGCCAGAAGGCUGUCAUUGGCUUUGUCGGCGGCUCGGACCUCGCCAAGAUCACCGAGCAGCUCGCGAUCCACGGCCAGGACAUCACCGGCGACUUUGACUACUGCUUCGCCGAGAACGGCCUGACGGCCAUCAAGCUCGGCAAGCCGCUCGAGAGCCAGAGCUUCAUCAAGUACCUCGGCGAGGACAAGUACAAGCAGCUCGUCCGCUUCGUCCUCCACCACAUCGCCGACCUCGACAUCCCCAUCAAGCGCGGUACCUUCAUGGAGUUCCGGAACGGCAUGGUCAACGUCUCGCCCAUCGGCCGUAACGCCUCGGUCAACGAGCGCGACGAGUUCGAGAAGUACGACAAGGAGCACAAGGUCCGCGCCAAGCUCAUCGAGGCGCUCAAGGCCGAGUUCCCCGACUGGAACCUCACCUACUCGAUCGGCGGCCAGAUCUCGUUCGACGUCUUCCCGAAUGGCUGGGACAAGCGUUUCGCGCUCGGCCACGUCGAGGCCGAGGGCUUCAACGAGAUCCACUUUUUCGGCGACAAGACGUUCGAGGGCGGCAACGACUACGAGAUCUACGAGGACCCGCGCACGAUCGGCCACGCCGUCACCAAGCCCGAGGACACGCAGGCGGAGCUCAAGAAGCUCUUCAACCUCUGAGCGCUUUCGUCCACGAGGAGGAGGACGGGUUCCGCCGGCGUGCGGCUGCGGCGAGGGAGCUCGACGCUCUGGUUGGGGUCAUCGGCGCUGCAUUUAGACACAGACACUGCUCGCCGUGCU